AUGCAAACCCCAUGCGUCCUGAAACUUGUUGCAUCCUUGCCUGCAACGCUCAGCACGACUCUGGGAAUCUGUUCCCUGGGAAGUCGCAGCGUGAUCACUUUGGGCAAAGUCUGUGUCAGCUUGUUGGUGUCGCACUUCCGGCUGCUUCCAGCUCUGUUGGCACUCAUUUGCUUCGCAAGGGUGCCGCAACCUACGCAAUUGGUGGAAGCACAUCGGAACGAUACGUUCAUUACGACGGUGCCGGGGACCAAUACGUUGGUCGAGUCGUCGCUGGUCUUCCACUGGAACCUGGAGGCUUUGCAGUUCUCCCUCCUCACUUUGUUGUGGGUCCACGAAGCGCUCCGUGGCGUGUUGAAGCUCUGCCUGGCCUCACUGGUCUACCACAAAGAAUUCUUGGAGGCCUCUUUGCCACCCAAGCAUCAACUUCUUGCGUCUGUACUGUUUGGAGACUUCCACACCUUGGGUUUCACGGUGACUCUUGCCUCCAACAUUUUGCAGCCCACCGGAAUCCCUCCACAGGUCGGUCUCCACGCCCAGCUGGAGCAAACGUCGGUCCUUGUGCGUACGCUCCCAACUGAAAUCUGUGAAGGCAUCGAGAAGAUCCUUGAAGACAAAGGUGUGACCGCCGGCAACAUCACUCAGUCGUUGCUUGAAAAGCUUUUGAAGGACGCAGUGGCCUCCGUCGUGUCGUUGACAUUAGCGAGCAGUUCUACCACGGUCGAAGUCACAGACGAAUCGAUACCAACCCGCCCUGUUCAUUACUGGGGGGGGUGA